UCAACUUCAGAACGUUUCUCUGAUAAGUACUUGUUUCGUAAUAGCUCGAUAAAUUUAAGAACUCUCAUCUUCGUAUAAUUCUGAAUAACUAGAAAAAUGUAUCACCAAUUAAGUAAAGUUACUGGCCGGGUGGUUGCUGCAACACAUCUACAGAGCCCACUGUUUCCAGUUGCACCAAUUGCUUUGCAACGGGUGGAGCCCCCCACAAUUCAGUACAACACUGCGCAGCUCUCAACAGUAACCGAAGCAAGCUCUUCUGGUUCUGGUCCCAGGAAUCUUAUCCCAGGAACUAACACUCCAUACCCACCUUUAUCUGAUGCUUUCCGCAAGAGACAACAACUUUUCCAGAGAGAGGAUGAUGUUCCAGUCCACUUGAAAGGUGGCCCGCUGGACAGUCUACUGUACCGCCUCACUUUGGGUCUCUGCAUCGUUGGACUUGCUGGCAUCUUUCACACAGUCUAUGGCCAUGCUUUCCCCAAGAAACAAGAUUAAAUUAUUAAAAAAAAAAAUGCAUAUAGCUGCUUGUUUAUAAGAUUACAGACAUUGUAAUUAGUGAAUCAAUAAAAAAAUCCAAAUAAAAA